AUGGCCGAGUACGCGUUGUCCUCCUUGAACGAGAUCGACGCAGCGCUACGCGACACAGCCAAGCCGUGGCACAGUCUGUUCGCCUGGGCCGAAGAACGGAGCGGUAUCAGCCGUUUGAAACUGUUCUUCGGAAUCGUUUGCGCCACGUGCAUGUUUCUGAUCCCGGGCAGCAUGAGCGCGAUGCUGGUGAGUGACGUGCUAGGAUUCGCGUAUCCCGCUUACGCGACUAUCGUGCUGAUGAUGGACUCUGUCGGACAGUUACCUUCCGGCGUGGCCAGCUCGCCAACAAACGGUUCCGAGUCCGUGUCGCCGGCCAACCGAUGGUUCACGUAUUGGUUGCUGUUGGCGGCCACGUUGACGGUGCAGCAGCUGUGCGGGGGCCUACUGCGGUUGGUGCCGUUUUAUUGCUUGAUGAAGACCGCUUUUUUUGCGUGGUGUGCCGCACCGAUCGAGGCCAACGGUGCCGCGUACGUGUACGUCGUCGUCGUGCGCCGAUUUUUCAACCAAGGUCGUUGA